AUGGCGACUGUAGAUGAAGGAACCGCGCCAAACGCAACUGUCUAUGAUACUGACUGCAGCGACAUCAAGGCCAGGAACUUGUCCGAGCGCAUCAAGAUCCCCCAGCUCAUCGAAGCACUGCGCGAGAUCUUUGAAGAAUAUGGAACCAUUGUCGACAUUGUCGCCAAGUCAAGCUUGAAGCGCAAGGGACAGGCUUUCAUCGUAUUCGACAGCGUCCAGUCAGCCGAGAACGCCAUAGACGAAGUCAACGGAUUCGAGUUAUUCGGCCAGUCCAUGUCCCUCGAUUUCGCCCGGACCAGGAGUGACGCGACAGUACAAAGAGAAGGAACCUCUGAAGAACNNUUGAACAGCACAAGCGCCACCGCAAGGCCGAGAAGGGUGGAGCGCAAGCAAGCCCUCGAAGCAGCCGAGGCAGCCAAAAACCUCAAACGACCAGCACCAGGUGCACCAGAGCCAGAAGCUGCUGCUCAGCGCGCGCCAAAGACGGCACGUGGAGCAGGUCUCAAAGGAACAUCAGGUGCCGGCGCUGGAGUCGUGCCCGACGAAUACCUACCACCCAACAAGAUUCUGUUCAUCAGACAAGUACCCGAGGAUUACGGAGUCGAUGCUCUCACAGCCAUCUUCUCGCGCUUUGCAGGCUUCAAGGAGGUCCGUACUGUGCCUGGUCGCAAGGGCAUUGCGUUCGUCGAGUACGAAGCCGAGGACGGGGCUAUCAGUGCCAAAGAGGCCACGGCAGGCAUGUCGCUGGGUGACAACACCAUCAGAGUCACGUUCCAGCGCCAGUAA